AUGGGAGCUGACGGUACCCAUAUCACGGGGGAUGGUGGUUCACGCCAGCUACCAGUACUCAUCACUAUCACUGUGCUCCUCUUCUUCUCGUUGAUAGCAAUUUCACUCAGGUUGUAUUGCCGCGCGAUACUAGUCCGCCAUGUGGGUUUGGACGAUUACUUUAUGUUGGCCGCUCUGGUAGUCACUGUUGGGCUCAGCAUUCAGAGUGGCCUCCAAAUUAGUUAUGGCACUGGACGGAAAAGCAAAGAUCUCAACCUUGAUGAAGCUUUAAUACCGACCCUCAAACACUGGUACGUGUACCAGCUAUUCUAUCCAUGGGCCCUCUUCUUCGUCAAAGCCAGCAUCCUGGCUCUCUACCACCGCAUCUUCACACAUCACAAUUUUCGACGCUGGGUGUAUUGUGCGGCAGGCUUCAUCGUCAUACAAACUGUCACCGUUACCUUCGUUAAUAUAUUCGAAUGUGGUGCCGACCCGUCACGAGCGUGGGACAGCAAGUUUCCAAAGGGCUGCAUCAACAUGUCAAAGAUGUACUUCGCCAACGCAUCUGUAAAUAUCGUCACCGACGUGGUCAUCUUAGUGAUGCCGCUAAAAGUGUUCAAACAAUUGAACAUGAACCUACGAAAGCGUCUCGCGCUCAUGGGCAUCUUCAUGGUAGGAUGCGUGGCCGCAUUAGCCUCCAUCCUGCGUCUCUAUGCUCUCUAUAACUAUACCGUGACUGAAGAUGCUGGAUACGAUGGCAUCUUUAUCCUGCUCCUUUCUCAAAUCGAAGCAAACGUCGCCAUGAUGUCUGCCUGCGCCCCAGCCUACCGUCCACUCUUUGUGAAGCUUUUCUCGUCGUCGUCCUCCGCCCCGUCAAACCAAAUUACAGAAGGGUAUCCCACAUUCAAUAGCGGCGGCGGCAUGUACGCUAGAAAGAAAACCACGCGCGACGAGAUAGAAUUAUUCUCUAUCCUGUCAACAGGAAAGAGGACAAGUCGGAGUCACCUCAGUCCUUGCGGAGCUAGAAAUUCGAGUGAAGAAAACAUCUUGGGCUAUGGACGAAUUAGAAAGACAACGGAAAUUAGUGUUGCAGAGGCGGAGUAA